UCUCUUCCUGUUGCUUUUUCCUUCCGGUUUUCCUGAUAAAACCCCCUCCACCCUCCGUUGACCUCGGCAACAACCUGCAUUCACCCCUUGCUGCGUGCGCGCAUUAGACCAUGGUCGUGGAUGAAAAACAAACCGUGGACAACGGCGACCUGACGCCGGAGCCCUCGCAGUAUGGCACCGUCAACGAGCGCAAGCUCAUGGCCAAGAUCGACUGGCAUGUGGUGCCGUGCCUGUGUGUGAUGUAUCUCCUCGCAUUUUUGGAUCGUGUCAACAUCAGUAACGCCGCGGUGCUGGGCCUCGAGAGCGACCUCCACAUCACGACGGGCACGAAAUACAACACCGCCCUGACGAUCUUCUUCGUCCCGUACAUCAUCUUCGAGAUUCCGUCCAAUGUGUUGAUGAAGAAGUUGAAGCCGCAUACAUGGCUCUCGCUGUGUAUGUUCGGAUUCGGCCUCGUGAUGGUCUGUCAGGGCUUCGUGCAGAAUUGGGGCGGGUUGAUGGCCACGCGGUGGUUUCUGGGCAUGUUUGAGACGGGACUGUUCCCUGGGUGCUUCUACCUCCUGGGAAUGUGGUACAAGCGCAGCGAGGCGCAGAAGCGGUUCAGCUUCUUCUUCAGCUCGACGACCCUCGCCGGCGCCUUUGGCGGGCUGCUGGCGAGCGGCCUGGGCAAGAUGGACGGGGUGCGCGGGCUGGCGGGCUGGCGGUGGGUGUUCAUCAUCGAGGGCAUCCUCACGUGCGUGGUCGCUAUGGGCUGCUUCUUCGUCGUGCCGGACUUCCCCGAGGACGUCAAGUGGCUCACCCCGGAGGAGCGCGAGUUCCUGCGCGACAAGCUGGCGCAGGACGCGGGCAAGUCGGCGGUCGAUGUGAAGACGGGCUGGCGUGAUAUUCUGGCCGUGUUCAAGGAUUACAAGAUCUUCAUCGGGGGAUGGAUGUAUUUCGGGCAGGUGGUCACGGCUUACGGAUACGCGUACUUCGCGCCGACAAUCAUCAGGACCUUUGGCUAUGGCGCCAUCAAAACCCAAUUCUACUCGAUCCCCCCCUGGGCCGCCGCCUUCGGCUUCUCGAUGUGCAUCGCCUACCUGUCGGACCGGUUCCAGCACCGCUUCCUCUUCACGCUGCUGCCCAUGCUAGUCGCCAUGGCCGGGUUCGGCAUCCUCAUCAACAUCCACAGCACGACGCAGCACCACAUCCAGUACGGCGCCCUUUUUCUGGUGACGAGCGGCUGCUACAGCGCCAUGCCCGUGCUCGUGUGCUGGUUCGCCAUGAACCUGGGCGGCCACCGGCGCCGCAGCGUGGGCACCGCCUGGCAGAUCGGGUUCGGCAACAUCGGCGGCAUCAUCUCCACCUACUCCUUCCUGUCCAAGGACGCCCCCUUCUACCGCAACGGCUACAUCAUCGGCGUCUCCUUCCUGGCCUUCUCCGCCGCCAUGUCCUGCUUGUACUUUUUGGCCAUUUGGCAUGAUAACCGGAAACGCGACCGGGCGAUCGCCGACGGCACGGUCGACCUGGAUGCGAUCACGGAGGCGGAGGAGGAGUAUCUGGGUGAUAUGGCGCCGCGGUAUCGCUAUGCUUACUAAUCCGCAUCCGACUCUCUCGGUCAUCGUACGGUUUUUUUUUUGUUCUGCGUUGCACAAUAAUAAUAAUACUUGGGUCGCGGGAGGACGAUGGCGAUGCAUGGCAACUGGCCGAUGUCGGCGUGUAUGAUUCAUGAAUAAAAGAUUAGA